UUUUCGUCGGUGGUGAUAAGGCAAAAGAGUUAUUUAAAGUGUCAUCUGUAUUCCUUGAAUACGAAGUAACACCGAGCUACCCUCGAACGCCACGAGAGUAAGCGUUAGAUCAGAUGUCGUUCGUCUUCAAAAAUGAUGUUCCGCUGGCUCGACCCGUCUCGAGCAAUGACACGUCACCGAAACAUAGCCAGCGACAGUCACGACAACAGUCUGGGUCCGCGGUUGGUAAUUUCCUAACAGUGCUUUCCCCCCAUCUUUCCGGAUCCCAAUCUGUUCCAUCUCGGUGGAAGAAUGAAUCCAAAUGACACUCUGGAGAACAGUGCGAGGAAUGUCGACGACGUAAGUUGCGCUGCGAUAGGAGGACGCCACAAUGCAUGGCAUGUGUCAACUCAGGCGUGGAAUGCUUCGUACGAAGCAGCUGUCCACCCCGCGGGCCAAAGAAGGGAUAUAUUAGGGAGCUGCAAAAGCAGAUAGAGGAUCUACAGACCCGUCUGCAAGCACAACAACAGGAUGAUGGUGCCACAGCAAAUCAAACCGAAGCACCAUCAGAUCAGGCCUCAAAUACUGACAAUGAAUAUAGCAGCAUUGAGGGAAGCAAUGAAGUCCAGCGUGUACACGUGUCGGCCAUCUCUUCGGCAGACGUUAUACAGCCCCAUUUUGGCGAAAAAAAAGCUUGGUCCACAAGUAUGAUCAACACGCCUCUGGAUGUGCUAUCUGUUGCACCCUUGGAAGGUAUCGAUAAUAUAAACUUGCAGUACAAUAGCAUGCCACUAUCGGCAGCUUUAGACUACCCGCAGGCUCAGGCUCCAGAGCAGCCGCUCGGGUUAGGAAUGCAUCUCACUCCCAUGAUAUGCACCGAUCUAGAUCAGCUGUACUUUGAGCGAGUGCACGUAUUCGUACCCAUGUUGCAGAAGUUCAGAUAUCUCUCCUGGUCCAGACAGGUGGAUAAGAACAAAGCAAGGAUAUGCUUGCAAUACGCCAUGUGGACGCUGGCGGCGUCCCUCUCCAGCCAGUUUCAGCUCAUACGGCUCGAACUAUAUGCGGAAGUACGGCAGCUUCUUGAAGGGUUGGAAGCCGACAGCCGGGUUUGCAUUGAACAGCUCCAGGCUUGGAUUUUGUUAACAAUGUACGAAUUAACGAGCAAUACAGCCAACUAUCAACGCGCAAUGGUCUCUGCUGGGAGAGCCUUUCGCCUGGCUCAGUUGAUGAAGCUGUGCGAGAUCGACGGACCUAACUGCAUUUUCGAAGACCAGGACCAUGGUGGCCCUGGGAAAGGAAACUGGAUUGACAUGGAGUCAAUGCGGCGGACGUUUUGGGUUGCCUAUAUUCUGGAUCGUUUCACAAGCACGAUUGAUGGUGUUUCUCUCACCUUCAACGAAUCACAGAUCCGUACCCGUUUACCGGCACCGGAAGCUCACUUCAUGAGUGGAAGGGCCGUAACGAUGGUCUUCCUCCCAGAAAUCAUUGGCGAAAAGAACUGUAAUGUUGAGCUACAGGGUAGUGACAGCAACAUGUCGUCGCCCUUUGCCGAGUCGAUCCUCAUGGCAACGAUUUGCGGACGGGCCCUGGAACACAAAUCACAGCCACUUCAUAUCCAACAGCUAAUACACUUGAACCACAAAGAUCCGCAGCAGGGCUUUCAGAACCCGCAGAUGGACGACUUUUGCCGCCGGCACCAGUGGCUCAACGCGCUGGUGACGCGUCGCAUCAAGGCACUGUCGAUGCAUACAUCGUCCACAUCGGAGCACCCGGACCCCACACUCGUGUUCGUGGCGCUGACGGGGUACAUGACCGUGUUCACGCUUUGCGACACGGCGUUUGGGUCGUCGUCGUCAUCAAGCCCCACCGCGGCGACGACGACGACAACGCGCUUCAUGGAGCACAAGCAGCGCGCGCUGGAUGCGGUGCACGAGCUGGACAUGCUAACAGGAAUGCUGGGCCAGCUUUCGCACUUCGAAACGCACCCGCUGACGCCGAUCCCGCUGCUGCUGAGCGCGCGCUUGUGCCUCGCGCGUGGCGAUCACGCCUACGUCGCCCUAAUGACGGGCAUCGUGACGGGGCUGCAGGGUCUUAGGGGCGUCAACGGACUGGCCCAGUCCUGUCUCUGGAUGCUAGGCCGCGAGUGAGCAAGUCUUGGAGACGAUGACGUGAAGUAGAAGAGAAAUAGACAACCGGGCGCUACCAGUUCGUUCAAAGACCAAAGCCGACGUCCCCACGCAUGAUUACUAGAGAUAGAUCGGUUGAAUUAAUGCGACACAAACUCUACAUGUACCAAUGGUUGUCGUUGCCGCAUGCAUGCCUCUUUGAUGGGUAU